CCCCCCCCCCCCGAGGGCAGGCACCGAUGUCCCCCGAGCCCUCUGGGAAGUGGAGUCCUUCCGCCGGGACCCCCGACCUGGUGCGGUCGCCUCCAAGUGCGCAGAUGCGACUCCAGACGGAGCCUCAGGCUCGAGCCUUUUGUUCCCCCACAGCUCCGUGUGUCCGCAAAGCGACUCCGUCCUCCCCUCCGUCUUUCCCAGAGCGCAGCCCGGCGGGGACCCGCCUUGUGGCCGGAGCCGAGUGGGCAGCGCGUCCAAGGAACUUCAGAGUAGAGUUGAAUGAUUUUCACAAAGAAGCAGAUUAUGUAUUGUUGGAAAGUCCAUGUUUAUCUCAUCUGAAACAGCGAAUAAAGGAGAAAUCAUAGCAAUAACAGGACAAAAAAAGAGAAUCUAAUCAUGGAUUAUCUGACCAUUGAAGCUGAGGAAGAAGUCCUUCCAGCCAUUACUACCGAGGAUGCUUCUCUGCCCCAAAAACAGAACACGGAAGAAAUGGAACCCACUGUUGAGCUCCUUCCUGUUGAGUUCCAGGAAUUGGUGACAGUCAAGGAUGAGGAAAUGGACUUCAGUCAUGUGGAAGAAGAAGAGCUGAAUUCUGCCCAAAGGUACAUGGGCAUUGAUAUGAAAGUGGAGAGUUGUGGGAGCCUGGUAUUUUGGGAUUCCGAAUCUAUACCUGAAACUAAAGAAUCUUUUUCAAAGCAAGAACUUUAUGAAGAAGUGUCCUCCGAAAGAGAGCUGAUAAUAGAAAGACUUAAAAAGGUUGAGGCCUGGGACUCCAGAUUGAUAGAAGCCUGGCAAUGUGAAGGCACAUUAGAAAGGCAGCAAGGAAACCAGAAGGAAAAUUUAAGGGAAGCCAUAAUUAAACACAACAAAACCACUGUGGAGGAUUGUAAUGAAAUUGGGGAAAGUUCAAACCCAAUCAAACAUCGAAAUAUUUACUCAGUGAAAAAGCCUUGGAAAUGCAAUGAAUGUGGGAAGUUCUUCAGUUACUACUCAGCCUUUAUCCUACAUCAGAGAAUUCAUACUGGAGAGAAGCCUUAUGCAUGUACUGAGUGUGGAAAGGCCUUCAGUCGGAGCUCAUCACUUAUUCAGCAUCAGAGAAUUCACACGGGAGAAAAACCUUACGAGUGUAACAAAUGUGGGAAAGCCUUCAGUCAUCGGUCAGCCCUCAUUCAGCAUCAUAUCAUUCACACUGGAGAAAAGCCCUAUGAGUGCAAUGAAUGUGGGAAAGCCUUCAACCAAAGCACAUACCUUAUUCAACACCACAGAAUCCAUACUGGAGAGAAACCCUAUAAAUGCAAGGAAUGUGGGAAAGCUUUCAAUGAUACCUCAUCCCUAAUUAAACAUCAAAGAGUUCAUACUGGAGAAAAACCUUAUGGAUGUAAAGAAUGUGGGAAAGCCUUUAGUGACAGGUCGGGCCUCACUCAACAUCAGAGAACUCAUACAGGGGAAAAGCCAUAUGAAUGCAGUGAAUGUGGGAAAGCUUUCAGCUACUGUUCAGCUCUUAUUCAACAUCAAGGAACCCAUACUGGGGAGAAACCUUACAAAUGUAACGAAUGUGGGAAAGCCUUCAGUGACCGCUCAGCUCUCAUAAGACACCAAAGAAUUCAUACUGGGGAGAAACCUUACAAAUGUAAAGAAUGUGAGAAAGCCUUCAGCCAGAGCUCAUCUCUUACAAAGCAUCUGAGAACUCAUACUGGAGAGAAACCAUAUAAAUGCAGUGGUUGUGAAAAAGCCUUCAGUCAGAGUUCAUCUCUUAUUCAACAUCAGAAAACCCAUUCAGGAGAAAAACACUACAGAUGUAAGAAAUGUGAGAAAACCUUCAGUGUGCGUUCAGCCUUUUAUCAACAUAAAGAAAUUCAUGAUGAAUAGAAUGCAGUAAAUUCAUGAAAUAGUUAUGUAUUCUUGGGGCACCCAGCUGGCUCAAUAAGGCUGGCUCAAUGCAAUUCUUGAUAUUGGGGUCAUGAGUUCGAGUCCCAUGUUGGGCAGAGUUUACUUAAAAAAAGAAAAAAGAGGGGCACCUGGGUGGCUCAGUCGGUUAAGCAUCCGACUUCAGCUCAGGUCAUGAUCUUGCACUCCAUGAGAUUAAGCCCUACAUCAGCUCAGAGCCUAGAGCUUGCUUCAGAUUCUGUGUCUCCCUCUCUCUCUGCCCCUUUCCCGCUGGCACUCUUUCUCUCUUAAAAGUAAACAUUAAAAAAAGAAAAAGAAUUAUGUAUUCUCUACUGAUCAUGUAGACCUGUGUUCUAAAUAUUACAGGGUACUACAAAAAUGUAUGAGGCUGCAUCAUGCAAAAAAUAGCUCUCUUCCUUGAAAUGAUAUUAGGUAUGGGAAGAGGACAAGAGGUAUAGUAACAGAACCCAAGAAGCUGAAGAGUGGAGAAUUCCUAGGGGAGCACAGAAGGAGAAGUUCUGGUUAAGUCAGAGAAAAGAGAGUCAGGAGCUAAGCAUCUAAUAUCAGUAGAAAAACUAAUCCAAGCAGCAGACUUAACAGUACUCGAGGCUGAUGGCUCUCUAAAUAGUAGUUUCAACCUGAAGCCAAGUGUGGAGGAUCAGGAUCCCAAAGAGGAAUAUCACCAGGAUGUUUCUCUAGGAAAAAAAAGAGGAAGAAAAAUAUCUAAGCCUAGGAAAUCCUCCUUUUCUCUGUCCCUGCACUCCACUUGUUCACUUGAACAUUUGCAAACAUUUACACCAUUGCUUAUUAAUCCCGGGUGUACACUGAAAUCAUCUGAAAAAUACCUGGGUCUCAGUCCUAGAGAUUCUGAUUAAAUUUGGCCUGGGGUGUAGCCUGGGCAUCAGGAAUUUAAAAACUCCUCAGGUAGUUCCAAUAUGCAGCCAAGAUUAAGAACCACUGAUCUAGGCUCUUAGUGCACAAGGAUCAAGUCAAUAAGGAAGGAUAAUAACAACCCACGUUCAUUCUCGGGAGCGCUCUGUGUCCUUGUUUCUGCCUUUUCUUUCUCUUGCCAAUGAUAUAAUGUCAUCUUUUCUUUUACCUGACAUUGGAUCCUUUUGUUUGGUCCUUUUCUGUUUUCUCUGACUUUGUGUAAAUUGAGCUGCCUGAUCCUAACUUCUGCUCUGGCCCCUUACCCUUGCUAAAUGUGCUCUUUUAAGCCUGCUUAAAGCUUUCUCAACCUCUUCUGCCCACAAGGAUCAUAUAUUGUGCUUGCUACCCAUGGCCCGAUGGUGGCAAAUAUUAACCAUAAGAAACAAGAGGAGAACCUAAAGACCAAAAUCAGGAGUGGAGACAGGGUGACUGGAAGGGAACUUCAAAGGGUUAAACUUUUGACUCCAACUGUAUAGUUUGUAUCUUAGAAUUUCCUGAAACUACAAUAAAAUUUAGUUGUGUGCACGAAUUAAUACUGAACUUCAAGGGAUGUAGGUGGAAGGAAAGGUAAAUAAAAAGUGUUUCUACAUUUAGUAUGACAAACAGUAGUAAUGCUAAAGAGAUUACGAGAAAUUACAGAUGAUACUGUAACCCUAAAGAAUACCCAUUAAAUAAUAAUGCAAGUAGAGGAAUUAAAUCACAUAUUAAAAAAUGUUUAACCCUAGGGGGUGCCUGCUGGCUUAGUCAGGGAGCAUGCGACUCUUGGGGUUGUGAGUUUGAGUCCUACACUGGGUGUAGAGAUUACCUAAAUAAAUAAAACUUAAAAUGUUUAACCCAGAAGAAGGCAGGAAAGGAGGAAGAGAGACACAGAACAAAUUGUAAACAGGCAGCAAAGUGGGAGACCUAAGUUCAGAUCAGCAAUUGCAUUAUACAUAAAAGAAACACUCCAAAUAAAACUGACAGGUUGUCAGACUGAAUAAAGAAUGACCCAACUAUAUCUAAAAGAGGAACACUUUAAAUACAGAAACACAGGUGAACAUUCAAGAGAUAAAGAUACACAAUGAAGACACUAAUCAUAAGAAAGCUGGAUAUGUUAAUAUCACAUAUAAUAGAAUUCAAGAAGGUAUCAUCAUAAACAGAGGACAUUUUAUAAUGAUAAAAUGGUCAAUUCAUCAAGGUUGGUAAAUCUUAUAAUGUGUAACUAUGUUACAGAUGUGGCAUGUUAAUAUUAUAAAUAAGAUCAUUUUAAGUUUACUAAUGUAAUACGUGCCUAAUAUCAGGGCUUCCAAAAUCACAAAGUAAAAACUGACAGAACUAAAUUUUAAGAAAGAACAAUCCACAAUUUUAUAAUUGGAAAUUAUAACACUCCAUUCUCAGCAGCUGAUAGAAUAUCUAGACAACAAACAUUAAAGAUUUAGAAGAGCUGAACAAUAUGUCUAUAUUGUCUACCGUCUUGAAUUGAAUGGCAUAUAUGCUUUAUAGAACACACAAGGAACAUGCAGUAACUUCAGAGUGCACAUUCCCUUCAAGUGCACAUGAAAUGUUCAAGUUAGAUUGUACACUGGGCCUUAGAGCAAGGCUCAGUAAAUUUAAAGGACUUAGAAUAUUCUCUACUACAUUUGAUGAAAGUAGAGAUCAAUAAAAAUAAGAGGAGGGGUGGGGCGCCUGGGUGGCUCAGUCAGUUAAGUAUUCGACUUCACCUCAGGUCAUGAUCUCACGGUCUGUGAGUUCGAGACCCGCGUUGGGUUCUGUGCUGACAGCUCGGAGCCUGGAGCCUGCUUCGGAUUCUGUGUCUCCCUCUCUCUCUGCCCCUCCCCUGCUCCUGCUCUGUCUCUCUCUGUCUCAAAAAUAAAUUUAAAAAAAUCAGCAACAACAACAAAAAAAUAGGAGGGGGGCCUGGGUGGCUCAGUGGGUUAAGCAUCCAACUUUGGCUCAGGUCAUGAUGUCACAGUUUGUGGGUUUGAGCCCUGCAUCGGGCUCUGUGCUGACAGCUCAGAGCCUGGAGCCUGCUUUGGAUUCUGUGUCUCCUCUCUCUUCCCCUCCCCAACCUGUGCUCUGUCUCUCUCUGUCUUUCAAAAAUAAAUAAAUGUUACCAAAAAAAAAAAAAAAAAAAAAAGGUUGAGGGGCAUCUGGGUGGCUCAGUGAGUUAAGCCUCUGACUCUUGACCUCAGCUCAGGUCAUAAUCUCACUGUUUGUGAGUUCCAGCCCCGCAUCGCAUUCUGCAUUGAUUGCGCAGAGCCUGCUUGGGAUUCUGUCUCCCUUUCUCUCUAACCCUUGCCCGCUUGUGCUCUCCCUCUCUCAAAUAAUAAACUUAAAAAAAAAAAAAAAGUUGAAAGUCCAUCAUCUCAGUUUCCACUGAAAGACUAAAAGUGGAAGCAAAUUUAAACACAAAGUAAAAGAAAAUAUAUGAUAAAGAGAAGA